AUGGAGGACGACUGCGUCUGCGAGUACGACUCUACGUGGGACACGGAGAGUGAUGGAGAGGAGCCGGCUGGAGAGAGCCUCCCGCGGAGGUCCAGCCAAGACAAAAACAAGUCCUCCUGGACUCUGGUCAAUUGGCACCCCACACCCAGGAACAUGAGAGCAGCAAAAGACAUGCAAAACUACAGAAGAGGAUAUCCUAACUUAACGGAUGAUGAAUGCACUGAGGACAAAAUGAACAAUCUGCAAUUUUAUCUCAAUAAAUCUCCCUCCUCCCCGGAUGACGUCUAUAUUGAUUCAUUUCUCAAGGAAUGGAAGAAUGACUACAAAAGAUUGGAGAGAGUUCAUUCAUAUAUCCAAUGGCUGUUUCCUUUGAGAGAACCAGGGGUCAAUUACAUGGCAUCAGAGCUAACCAAGAAGGAGAUCGAAGCCUUCAAAGAGAAUGAGGAUGCCAAGAAGAGACUGAUAGAAUCAUAUGAACUUAUGCUUGGAUUCUACGGGAUCCGUCUGGUCGACACAGACACCGGUGAAGUGAAGCGAGCAGAGAAUUGGAAAGAACGAUUUGGAAAUCUGGAACGGAACAUGCACAACAAUCUGCGCAUCACCCGAAUCCUCAAGAGUCUGGGAGAGCUGGGCUUCGAGCGCUUCCAGGCUCCACUCGUGCGCUUCUUUCUGGAGGAGACUCUGGUAAAGAAGACUCUGAGCAGCGUCAAAAGAAGCGUGCUGGACUACUUCCUGUUUGCCGUCGUGGACAAGCAGAAACGGCAAGAGUUGGUGCGUUACGCCUAUCUCCACUUCGAGCCAAAGGAUAAGUUUGUGUGGUGCCCCAGGAAAAUCCAGAGACAAUUCAGAAAGGCAGAAAAGAGGUCAGAAGUCAGUGGCGAGGUUAAAGACGACCUGCAUUCCCGAGCAAAGGCGAAAGAUAUGGACACGAAGGAGAACGGCGUGGAUAAUGGUACGAAGGCGAAAAGCGAGAAAACGAAAUCAGAAACGUCUCCUGAAGCGAAAGAGGAGGUCGUGGAAAAUGGCAACGCCUGCAGUGAGAAAAACAACAACAUCGUGAGCAACGGGAGCGACUGCACGGACGAUGAAGGGAUGGAGCACUCUCCCAGCGCCGGAAAUCCAGACCCUAAAUCUGAAACCGGCUCAAAGCAGCUGCAGAAGGAGGAGGCAGACGGCACGAUGCAGACAGACGGAGGCGGCGAGAUCAAAAAACCACCAAAGAAAAAGCGGGAAGACGACACAGAUUCCGACGGUGAUCUGGGCUCACCGCAGAAAGACGGCAAAAACUGUAGUAACAAACCCACGGGUCAGCAAACGCCGCUCAAGACCUCCAAGGCCUCGCUCUCGUCGGGAAGAGAGGAGAAAAUCCCACGGACUGAAUACAACGCAACUGACAAGGAGGAGGUCAUGCAGACGUCCCAAGAGACCGCGGCGUGCGUCAACGGGUCGGCAAAAAGCGACAAGGCGGCGGAAGAGCAGACGAACGGGAAGGAAUCCGAGCCGAUGGACACGGACGCCAGCCCUCCGACGGCGAACGGCUCAACCACAGACUCCGGCAUCAGCGAGAGACCCUCAACAGAACCAUUGAACAAGUGA